AUAGUAAUUAAUAUAAUAUGUACAGUUCUUAACAGACCGGCCUCCAGCUUAAGAGGUCCGCUUACAAAUGCUUUCGAUCUCAGAGGAAACGCAAGAGAUGUCUUGAAAGUAAAGAAAAGCGGCCUUGAAACUUUGUAUGGCAUCAGGUUCUUGACAAUGUCUAUGAUUGUCAUCGCUCAUCAAGUUCUGAUGUUCAAUGGUGGACCGGUCAGCGAUGGAUAUAUGUUUGAUAAGAAAGUUACAUCUCUAUUUGGCCUGCUAUUAAUACAUGCAGACCUCCUUGUUGACACAUUCUUCUUGGUGUCAGGCCUUCUCACGGCGUUUACCGUUACAAAGAUUAAUGUACGACUCAACAUAAUAUUAUCGCUGUUUUUGAAAAGAUACUUGAGAUUAGUAGUGGCGUACGCACUGGUUAUAUAUUAUGUGAGCGCCGUGUACCCGUACACCGGGUCCGGACCUCUCUGGCACAGAGCGGUGGCCCAGGACACGGUGCAGUGCAGGAAGAACUGGUGGCUCAGUCUUCUGAUGCUCGGCAACUACGUAGAUACUGAUAAUAUGUGUUUAAUUGUUACCUGGUAUAUCCCUUGCGACUACCACUUCUUCGUGAUCACCGUAUUGAUGUAUUGUCUGUACACGCGCUUUACGAAAGCGAGUCGUCUUCUGAUCGGAGCUGUCAUGGCUGCAGCAGUUGUAACUCCGGGGAUCAUCAACUAUAUCAAUAACUUACCUCCGAUACAGAUGUUCACCUACGACUUUAUGACAAAUUUCCGCGGACCCAGACAGUUCCAUAUCACGUAUAUAAAAAGCCACACCAGAUACGCAGCUUAUCUCAUUGGGUUCUUUACCGGUUGUAUAAUUGAAAAGUACUCCAAAGACACCGUCAAGAGGAUAUCACAGAAAUGGGCCAUAAUUGGUUCCUGCGUGGGUUUCACGACGAUGAUGGUGACACAACUGACUGGUUCCAUGGUCCUCUGGCGAGAGUUCACGGCAAUUGAGAGUGCACUCUACGCCGCUUUCAACAGACCAAUUUGGGCAUGCGGUGCUGCAUUAUUUACAUUGUCUUGUGUAUUUGGAAAUGUCCCGUUAGUAAACAGUUUCCUGCGCUGGUAUCCGUGGGUGCCUCUCAGCAGGCUCAGCUACGGCGUCUACCUGGUCCAUUCGGUCAUCAUACUGAGAGACGUGUCCGUGACUAGAACCGCUCCACAUAAUGAUAUAUUCAUGGAAAUAGCCGAAUCCAUGGGAGUAAUUGUGAUUUCAUGUUUUAUUGCUUUCCUUAUCAUCUUACUAGCAGAAUCACCUGUAAACAAUUUAUCUACGCUCGCGUUGGUCACAAAAUCCAGGACAAAAAGCUCGCAACCAGGACUGAAAGCAACGCUCGAUGAACAAGCUAUGACAAAUAAUGGCAAUGUACAAGAAAUUGGUUAUUUUAAAGGUACCAUACCAUCCAGUGUUCACGUCGACUCUAAGUUGUAGAUAAAGAUGGAGGUUAUUUUAGAAAAGUAUUGAAUUCUUAUAAUACCAGACUACAUCACGACUGAAGCGUGUAUUUUAUAUAAAAUGAAAUACAACCACUGUAUGAAUAUGUCAGUCACAACAUUAUCGUGAUGAUGGUGUAAAGAGGAAAUAUAUAUAUGUGUGUAUAUAAAAUGUAUAUGAUUUUACGGUCCCCCGCAAUAGACCAAGAUUCCCCAUAAAAACAUUUACUAGCCUCACAAUGAGAAGAACUAUUUUAGGUAAAUACCCCCAGUAAACAGACUACUGAGCUCUUUUAAUUGACAUACUGUAUAAUUGCAAUAAUGAUAAUAUGGAUAUUUUACAAAUGGUUAAUAUCAA